CAAUUUAUAUAACCAACUUUUACAAAAGCGUCUCUUAGCGGACAUAUUGUGUACUAUACGCAAGUUGAACGUCUGAUCGGCAAAGUUUUUAUCAUCCGGACAGCGGUUUGUUUAUGCUUUUAUCAAUUUAUUUUUAAGUAUUAUUCUGUUGUUUUCAAUUUUAAUCGUGAACAACGACGUGAGAAUAUUCGUAAGGAAAGUAAUACUGGAUUUUAUCUGAAAAUUUUCCGAAAUGCCUUCAAAAGCUGAAGACAUUUUGAAUGGAUUCAAACUAAAUUGGAUGAACUUACGAGAUGCUGAUACUGGAAAGAUUUUGUGGCAGGGGUCAGAUGAUUUAUCUAAACCAGAAGUGGAGCAUGAAGAUACCACAGAUUGCCAGCCUAUAAGAGAAGAUAAAAAAAAUUUUUUUGCAGCACGUGUUCCCAAAAAAAUACUGAAAUGUAGAGCAGUAUCCAGAGAAUUAAAUUUUUCAUCAGUGGAACCUCUAGAAAAAUUUCGAUUAGAACAGAAGAUUCUGUUUAAAGGAAGAUGCAUAGAAGAAUGGUUCUUUGAGUUUGGUUUUGUUAUUCCAAAUUCUACUAAUACUUGGCAGUCACUUAUUGAAGCUGCUCCUGAAUCCCAAAUGAUGCCAGCAAAUGUUUUAAAUGGCAAUGUUGUCAUAGAAACAAAAUUUUACGAUGACAAUCUGCUUGUGAGCACAUCAAAAGUUCGUCUUUUCUACAUGUAAAAAAAUAAACAACAUAUCUCAUGAAAGGAUAUUUAUUGAAAGAACUCUAAUGCACCUAAUUAGUUUGGUCAUUCCACAAUAAAUGUCAAUAUAAUUAUUAUGGAAAAAAUAUCUAUUUUGAUGUAUUAUGAUUUUUAUGAGGGAAAAAAAUCAAACUGUGAAAGAAAUGAAAUUGUUUCUUACAAGAUAAAAAAAUAAAAUUGUUAUGAAUUGAAACUUUAUAUAUAAAAAAAAAUUAACUAAUUAUAUGACAUUCCAUUGUUUAAUUUUAUUCCAAACACAUUUGUGUUCUUAAAAACUGCCUCAUCCUAUGUAAUCACAAGUACGAGAUACUUAAAUGUAUCUGGAAAAAAGACAAAAAAAAAAAAAAAAAAAUGCANCACACUGUCUUCAUUGUAGUUUCCCACAUCUGCAUGUAAAUAGAUUGAUAUGAUGUUGCAUAUUUGUAUUUUAUUUCCAUAUGUUAUACCUAAAGUAUGCUUUACUUUGCAUUCUUGUUUUGAUACAAUACAAUAUUGACGACUAAGAACAAUUUCUAUUGUGAAAAUUACCAAAAAUAAUGCCAUUUUCAUAACUACAUUCAAACUAAUACAAUUUUCAUUGAUUUAAUUUUAAAUAUUUAUCUUAAUUUAUGUUUUUAUUGUAACAACAUUGUGAUAUCAAUUUACAAAACAUAAAACUUGAUAGAAUUUCAUAAUGUAAAUACUGUAUUUAUGUUGGAACUGUGAAAAAAAAACACCCUUAGUGCAUCCAGCUGAGUACAGUAUGAAGUUGUUAUAUUCAUUAUAAUAAAAAAUUUGCAUUAAAACACAGAUGACUGACUUGUGCUCAAAUAUGUUUAGAUAGAUCACUGCAACAGUUUUUUCAUUUAAAACUUGUUGCAGUAUAAAUCAACUGCUCGUGAGAGAUAAGCACGAGCUUUUAUUUAUUGAUAGUUUAGUCACAACCGCCAAAUUUUUAAUCACAUAAUAUAAAAGAAAACUUAUUUAAUGUAAUGGAGUAUUGCAGUAAAGUUUCAUCAGAAUAUUUGUUUUAUUUUAAAUUAUUUAAUUGUAUGAAUAUGUUUCCCAAGUAAAAGCUGUGUUGUAUAUGUUAAAUCACAAUAAAAGUGAAUGAAAGUGA